GCGUGAUGCAGCCAGCAGAGUCGCAGCCGCAGAAGCAGCGGGGCUGAGGCAGCAGCAGCGCCGUCACGCACACAGCUCCUCGCAGCUUCCCGCUCGACUCUCCCUCGCUCGGCCUCCAGAUGCUCCGCCCCGGCGGCAGGAUGCGCGGCCUCGCGGCUCUGCUCCCGGUGCUCCUCGCGGCGCUGGCGGCCGCAUCGUCGGAUCUUUUUGACAACCAACUGGGAGACAUCAGUUACUGCAAGAAGCAAUGCCAGCUGAGCAUCAAAAACAAAAGCCCGGCUAAAGACUCCAUAAUGAACGCCUGUCACCGUGGCUGUCGCCUCUAUUCCAUCUGCCAGUUUGUGAAUGGAAAUGCCGGCUUCAACACCAGCAGAGAGGAGUGCCAGGGAGCCUGCCAGGAGGCCUACAUGAAGCUACUGGAGCAGGAAGCCUGCAGCACCGGCUGCACCAGCCAACCAUCUGAACCUGAGAUCAAGAGAAUGAAGCUGAAAGCCAUGACUCUACGCCCAAAGCCCCCAUCAGUGAUGGAAGCUCUAUCCAGUUGGUGCAAUGACAUUGUCAGCUCUGCCCAAAGCUUUAUCUCCUCAACCUGGACCUUCUACCUGCAAGCUGACGAUGGCAAAGUUGUGGUUUUUCAGAGCCAGCCAGAGAUGGAGUACUCCAUGCCGGAGCUGCAGGCUCCUCGAUCCAGCGUGGCUGACAAAGCCUGGCCACAGAUUCACCCUCACACCCAGAGACCCCGUGGUGUGCGAGGACACCGAGAAAAGGGAGUACUUAAAGGAGCAGGCAAAGGAAAGCCUGGGAGUCAGCAGACUGAGGACCCUGCAGCCGAGCACGACUUCCUGGGCUGCAUGUCACGUCGGUCGGGCCUCCCACGCUGGAUUUUAGCCGCUUGCCUCUUCCUGUCCAUCAUGGUUAUGUUGUGGCUCAGCUGCGCCAGCCUCGUCACGGCACCUGAGCAGCACAUCAAGACACAGCUGAGCAUCAACGGAGACAAAGAGUUCCUGGAGCACGUGCACAAAGUCAACCCAUACCACCUGAGUCCCAUGGUUGCUGUCAGCGCCAAGCGGUCGCAGGAAGUUCAGGAAGCCGGGCCACUGCCCGUCAAAGUCAACCUCAACAAGACCUCUGUUUAGCGGAGGGGUGGGGGGGAUCUUUCUGUGGCGUUCCAGCGACACAAACGCCUCACAGAAAGCUUCAAUCCUUAACAGCAUGUCAUUCAAACCUCCAGAGAAGUCCAGCUUUCAUUGGUUAGUCACAUCCCGCCUUUAAUUUACCUGAAGUUUCCAAAACAUCACAUUAUCCUUAACAAGCCUGGCCAUUGCUUAUGAAUGACACCACCACCACCCCCCGCCCCCCUCACAGAUAGGAUAGAUUAAAGAGAAAUCACAUUACUGCUCUCAUGUAAACUGAUGCUGGCCUCAGUGUAAGUUCAUUUACCAUCAGCAUAGACAUGAAGCAGCUCCCUGAGAACCGGUCAGAAAGUCAGAGGAAGAAAUGAGGUGGAAAUGAGGAAGAAAUGAGGAAAAAAAGAGGACAAAAUUAGGAGGAAAUGGGGAAGAAAUGAGAAUUAAAUGAGAAAGAAAUGAGGAGAAAAUUAGGAAAAUAUUAGGAAGAAAAGAGGAUUAAAUAACAAGAGAUUGAGGAGGAAAUGAGGAAGAAAAGAGGAAAAAAGAGGACAAAAUGAGGAGGAAAUGAGGAAGAAAUUAGGAGGAAAUGAGGGGGACAUAAAGAAGAAAUGAGGACAAAUAAGGAAGAAAUGAGGAGGAAAUUAGGAAGAAAAGAGGACAAAAUUAGGAGGAAAUGAGGAUUAAAUGUGGAUUAAAUGAGAAAGAAAUGACGAAGAAAUGAGGAAGAAAAGAGGAGGAAAUGAGAGGAGGAAAUCAGGAAGAAAUAAGGAGUAAAAGAGGAAGAAAUGGGGAGGAAAUGAAGAGGAAAGGAGGAAAAAAAGAGAGGAGGAAAUGAGAGGAGGAAGUAAGGAAGAAAUGAGGAGGAAAUGAAGAGGAAAUGAGGAAGAAUGAGGAAGAAAUGAUAAAGAAAGGACUAAGAAAUGAGUAGGAAAUGAGGAAGAAAUGAAGAAAAAUGGAAGAAGAGGAAGAAAUGAUCUGUUCUCUGCGUCGGUUUCAGGAAACGACUUCAAAGUCUACAUAGAUUUAAAAAAGAUCUUCUGACAUCAUCAGAGAAUCAGACAGGAAUGCAGGAUCCACUCUGACAGGUUUGUGUGUCUGUGAGCAUGUGUAUUUGUGUGUGAGCGUGCAUGUGGGUUGUAUGGGUGUGUUUGUGUGUGUGUUUGUGUACUUGUGUGUGUCUGUAGGACCCUGACUCUGCUGCUGUUUCCUUCUGCUUGUUCCGAUCUCAUAGCUGCUAGAUUUUUCCCUUGUUGGCUGUUCCACGUCUUUCUGACUAUUUUCUGUCCUUGGAGCAAAUGCUCAGAUGCUGCAGGACAACAUGUGAUGCAUAGCUUUUGAUAUUUGUUGUUGGACAUAGUUUCACUGUUCUAGAAGAGGAUCUGUUUCUCUCAGUGCUUUCCAUGUAACGCUUCGCCUGAACGCUGGCGAUGUAGAAAAUGAAAAUCCCGCAUGCAAGUGAAUCUUUGAUAGUUUAGUCUAAGCACUCCCUUUGUCGGUAUGGCGCGGCGCUGCUGCAGUCUUGUGAUUUUUUUCCAUUCAUAUUUACCACAGAAUUCAAUAUGUUGAAUAGUGAUAUCCUCACAGAUUAAGGGAAGUUCCUUUGAUUCAAAGCUUUUUAGGAGAUAUAAAUACUAAUUGAAGCUCCAAGUGUAACACAAGGAUAACAGCUGUGUAUGCUUUUAAUUACUUCUUGUUUGGCUGUUUAUUUUCAAUAAAGGAUCAUUACAACAUUGUGAAAUGAAUGGUUUUCAUUGUAAACAAGAAAAAGCAAGUUGAUACUGUUUUUCUUAUUUAGCUCCCACUAACAGACAAACGCAUUUGGAUAAAACAUGAAAGAUCCACUCCAAUCUCCUGAUCUGUUUCCAAUGUUAUGGAAACAGAUAAACUCAUGUUUAUAUUCCAUGAACUAUUCCAAUAGCUUUUUUCUGUAAUAUGUACAGAGAUUGUAAAUUUGUUUUAUAAGUAUUUCCCCAAACUUCAACAUUGUACUGUAAAUAUGGUAAUAUUAUUGAUGAAUAUAUUAGUAAGCGUACUUUAUAAGUGAGUGUAUGAUGUGUUUUUCCCAACACUGCAAAGCUUUUGGCCAUUUUGGUCCUGACUCGCUUUAUUUGUGGCUUCCAGCUUAUUUUGUGGUCCAUGAUGACUCCAAGGAACUCUAUUUCAGUUACUCUUUCUAUCACGUAAUUGUCUAUAACGACUUCGAUUUCUAAAUCGGCAGGAAUAUGACAAUUCCCCAAAAUCAUGUAUCUUGUUUUGUUGACAUUGAGUGGGAGUUUAUUUAUAUCAAACCAUUUUUUUAGUUUCCUUAAAUCUGUGUUUACAGUUUUUAUAACGUCUUUGAGAUUUUUUCCUGUGCACACUAUACUUGUGUCAUCAGCAUAUCAAAUCAAACUUUACUUGUAUACCAUCUUUCCAGAAAAAUAAAUUUCAAUCAAAGUGCUUGACAUAAAAACAAUCAAAUAAAAAAAACAAAGAAAAGAAAACAUUGUAAGACCUAAACAAUCUCCUCAACCCCCAUCCCCACCCCCCCACAAACAAACAUGUCGACAUGUUGCCACACAAAGGUAAGGAAUAGAAUAAAUUAAGACAAAUAAAUAAAAUAAAAUAAAUGAUGGAAAAUAGAAAUAGAAAUCUGGUUUUGUACUGAAGUGAGGGAAUAAUAUUUUCGGGACCUGUCCACACCAGUGACCCCCCCAAUCAAGUUCACAGAGUACGCUACUACAGGACCCCCCAGAUCCGAGCAAAGAGCCCGACCCGGGAGGUCCCACUGCAGCGACCCCGUUCACUGAGAAAGGUCAACCGCUGAUGUGGAGGAUCCUUUAGAAGAAGACACUGGAGUUAAAAAUGUAAAAGGAGUAAAAAAAAUAAAAACUGAUAUAAAUAACCGGUCAGAUAAAUAGAUGAAAUAGACAGACAUACAUCAGUAAAAGUAGAUGAAUACCCAUUAGGUUAAAAAAAAAAAAAAA